AUGCCCGGUCAAUCGUUGCUAUCGACCUCAACAUCAAUACCAAAGCCGAAUAUUCAUGUAUGCUUCGCUACGAAGGCGGUUCACAUCGAGCUAGUCAGUGACUUGACAUCAGAUGCCUUUCUUAGUGCAUUUCGUCGCUUAUUUAUCUCACGAAGAGGCAAGCCUGCCUGCAUAUACUCGGAUAAUGGGACCACCUUCGUUGGUGCAUGCAGACAGCUUGAAGAAUUUCGAGAUUUCAUAAAUAGUGAGCAAGUGCAAAACGACGUCAAGCAGUUUCCCCGUGAGCAAGAGACUUCUUGGCAUUUCAUUUCACCAAACGCUCCGCAUUUUGGUGGUUUGUGGGAGGCUGCCGUCAAAUCAGCCAAACACCAUAUGUAUCGAAUUGUUGGUAAAGGUCAUUUAACAUUUGAGGAAAUGCAAACCGUGUUCUGCGAAAUAGAAGCGAUCUUGAAUUCACGACCUCUUACACAACUAAGCACCGACUCAAACGAUUUGUCUUACCUUACCCCUGGUCACUUUCUGAUUGGUACUACUAUGAAUAGUUUCCCUUCUCGAGAUUUGCAUGAUGUAAAUGAGAAUAGAUUAACGCAAUGGCAAAGAGUGGAACAAAUGCGGCAAUAUUUUUGGCGUAGGUGGAGUAAGGAGUAUUUCCAUUCCUUGCAAGAAAGAACUAAAUGGAAGGCCAGUAAGAGCGUGCAACUAAAAACCAAACAACUCGUGCUCGUGAAACAACAGGGCUUAGCCCCAUUACAUUGGAUGUUAGGACGCGUUCAGGAGGUUCAUGUCGGUUCUGACGGCGCCGCACGAACCGCAGAUGUACGCACCGCGAAGGGUUUGUUGACGAGACCUUUAUCUAAACUAGCGAUAUUGUCUUUGGAUGCGUGA